GCUUUUCUAUGCUUCUACAAAUGUCAACAUACGUUCAUAGAACUAGAAAAUUCAAUCUUCUCAUAACUUAACCUGAAAGAUCAGAUCCUUUCUUUCAGCUGUCGCCGAAGUCUAAGCUCAUAUUAGAUUUGUACAUCAACAUGUCCGACGGUGAGGUGGAAACUGUCCAGCCAGUCCCUGUCUCCAGUGGGGCAAUGGACGUAAAUCAAGCACUCCAAGAAGUGUUGAAGAAUGCCUUGAUUGCUGAUGGUGUCAUUCAUGGAUUACAUCAAGUUUGCAAAGCUCUAGACAAAAGAGAAGCCCUUCUCUGCAUAUUGGCUGAGAACUGCGACGAUGAGAGAUACAAAAAACUUGUAUCAGCUCUUUGUGCUGAGCACUCAAUUCCUCUAAUUAAAGUCGACAACAAUAAGAAAUUGGGAGAAUGGAGUGGUUUAUGUAAAAUUGACUCUACAGGAAAAGCAAGGAAGAUUGUUGGGUGCUCAGGAGUAGUGAUCAGUGAAUGGGGAGAAGACACACCAGCACUAGAUGUUUUAAAAGAAUAUAUUAAAACUAAGUAAUGUAAAUAUAAGUGAAUGAAUGAAACAUUUUCAAAAAUGGAA